AUCACGCUGACGGCUAUUUCCCGAAGUUUGCCUGUUGCGACUGUCAGACUACUUGCAAAGAUGAGCUCAGGUAACAGUAACGCAAGUGACAACAAGGUGAUUGGCUCGUGGAAGUUGCCAAUAAACGAGAAGGGAGAGUAUGUCAGGAAACAGUCUGCUUUCAGGAAGACUGUAACAGCUAAUGGAUCAAGCGGAUUUAAGGCAGAGUCCAAUCGCUACCACCUGUACGUGUCCCUGGCAUGUCCGUGGGCCCACCGCACCCUAAUACUUCGUACACUGAAGGGUCUGGAAGAUGCCAUCUCUUGUACAGUCGUGGAUUGGCUACUAGGAGAUGGUGGUUGGAAAUUCACUGAUGAGAAGCCGGGAUGUUCACUUGACACACUGAAUGGGGCCACCUACCUUAGAGAUAUCUACUUGAAAGCUGAUCCAGAAUACCAAGGAAGAAUCACAGUACCUGUUCUGUGGGACAAGCAGUCGAAGACAAUCGUCAACAAUGAGUCCAGUGAGAUUAUCAGAAUGUUCAACACAGAGUUCAAUGCAUUCUGUAAGACGCCUGAACAGCGGGAGCUGAACUUCUACCCAGCCGAACUGCAGGCAGCCAUUGAUGGCGUAAAUGAAUGGGUGUUCCCCCAGAUCAACAAUGGAGUCUACCGCUGUGGGUUUGCCCAGAGCCAGGGGGCUUACGACAACACCAUCACUGAGGUCUUCCAGGGACUUGACCGUGCUGAAGAGAUUCUCAGCAAACAGCGCUACUUGACAGGGAGUCAGGUCACAGAGGCAGACAUCAGGCUCUUCACAAGCCUUGUCAGGUUUGACAAUGUCUACCACACACAUUUCAAGUGUAACCGACGUCAGAUUAUCAACUACCCAAAUCUGUGGGGAUACACCCGUGACAUGUAUCAGCUCCCUGGGGUGUCAGCCACUGUUGACAUGGAGCACAUCUUGAAACACUACUACGAAAUGAAGACUAUCAACCCCUUCGGCAUCGUUCCUGUUUGUCCACGUCCAGACUUCACAGCGCCCCACGACAGAGCCAAACUAUCAGCGUGGGAUGUCAGAUGGUCCAUAAAGAGAGCACAGCACUGUAUUAUGUCUCAACCCAGGAACAUAUUUUGA